UCAGUGCCGCAGAAGCUCAGACCCUGGGAACCCGUGGCCCAAGGCCAAGACUGACACGGGACUGUAACUCCCAGCCCCUCCCCUUGCCCGGGCCUCUGGAAAGCGCAAGCAAAUUGCUGGGGGCAGAAAUGGCUGCCGGCGGCCGAGGUCUCAUCAGGACCUUGCACUCCUCUCCCUGCCCUGCUUGGAAACGAGCUCAGUCUGGAGCCAGCGGGCGCCUGAAGCCCGAGUACGAUGCCGUGGUGAUAGGAGCAGGACACAAUGGGCUGGUGGCUGCAGCGUACCUCCAGAGACUGGGGGUGAACACCGCGGUCUUCGAGAGGCGCCAUGUGAUUGGGGGCGCAGCUGUCACGGAGGAGAUCAUUCCUGGAUUCAAGUUCUCCCGUGCAUCCUAUCUCCUGAGCCUACUGAGGCCACAGAUUUACACAGACCUGGAGCUGAAGAAACACGGACUGAAACUUCAUCUGAGAGAUCCCUACUCCUUCACCCCCAUGCUGGAAGAGGGCACACUGAGCAGGCUGCCCAGGUCCCUUCUGCUGGGCACAGACAUGGCUGCAAACCAGAAGCAAAUCUCUCAGUUCUCACGAAAGGAUGCUCAGGCCUUCCCCAGAUACGAGGAGUUCAUGAAACGCUUGGUGCUAGCCAUUGACCCCCUACUGGAUGCAGCUCCGGUGGACACGGCAGCCUUUCAGCAUGGCUCCCUGCUGCAGAGGCUCAGGGCACUGUCCACCCUGAGGCCCCUGCUGAAGGCAGGGCGCACCCUGGGAGCCCAGCUCCCCCAAUAUUAUGAGGUCCUCACAGCCCCCAUUUCCAAGGUGCUGGACCAAUGGUUUGAGUCUGAGCCUCUGAAGGCAACUCUGGCAACAGACGCUGUGAUUGGAGCAAUGACGAGUCCCCACACUCCGGGGAGUGGGUAUGUGCUGCUGCAUCACGUGAUGGGCAGCCUGGAGGGGACGCAGGGCGCCUGGAGCUACGUCCAGGGUGGCAUGGGCGCCCUCUCCGAUGCCAUCGCGAGCUCGGCUGCUGCACGUGGAGCAAGCAUCUUCACAGAAAAGACUGUGGCUAAGGUGCAGGUGAACAGUGAAGGCCGCGUCCGAGGAGUCACGCUGCAGGAUGGCGAGGAGGUCAGGAGCAGAGUCAUCUUGUCCUGCGCAUCGCCACAGGUCACCUUCUUAGAGCUGACACCGCAGGAGUGGCUUCCCGAGACCUUUGUGAAGAGAAUCUCCCAGCUGGACACCCAGUCUCCUGUCACCAAGAUCAAUGUGGCUGUAGACAGGCUGCCAAACUUCCAGGCGGCCCCCAGUGCACCCGGGGACCAGCCCCAAGCUCAUCAUCAGUGCUCCAUCCACCUGAACUGUGAAGACUCCCUGCUCCUCCACCAGGCCUUUGAAGAUGCCAAGGGUGGCCUGCCUUCCCAAAGGCCUAUGAUCGAACUCUGCAUCCCUUCAUCGUUGGACCCCACCCUGGCUCCACCAGGCUGCCAUGUUGUCUCCCUCUUCACUCAGUAUACACCCUACACGCUGGCAGGAGGCAAGGUCUGGAAUGAGCAGGAGAAAAAUACCUAUGCGGACAAAGUGUUUGACUGGAUCGAGGCCUACGCCCCCGGCUUCAAGAGAUCUGUGCUGGCCAGAGAUAUCCUCACCCCACGGGAUCUAGAGAGAAUCUUCGGGCUUCCUGGAGGGAACAUCUUCCACGGUGCCAUGUCCCUGGACCAGCUCUACUUUGCCCGUCCAGUGCCCCAACACUCUGACUACAGAUGCCCGGUGCAGGGCCUGUACCUCUGUGGGAGUGGGGCCCAUCCUGGAGGAGGCGUCAUGGGAGCGGCUGGACGGAACGCGGCCCACGUAGUCUUUAGAGACCUCAAGAACAUGUGAGGCUGGACCAGCUCUGACCCUGGGGAGGAAAGUUUUCCUGCACGUUGAGCCGCCUGGCAGACCACCUGCCCAAGACGCCCUGCUCCCAAGGAGGCCACUGGAGACAAACUGUACUAGCCAGGUGCCAUCUGUUCCUUAAUCAGAGACUCAGUUGCAUUUAGCACAAUCUCACCUGUGUCCCAGGUUCCUGUGGAUCCGCUGGGUUUGUCUUUUUAGAAAUCAUGUUUUGUAUAGAGACUGCUUGUAUUAUUUUUCUGUGUCUAUAGCUUGGCACACUAGUUAGACACAGUCCAUCUAAUACACGGAAAAAUUUGGACCAACAUCCAACUAUUCCCUUCUUGUCCGCGGGUUUCCCACUACCAACGGAUUGGAGGCCUGGCCUACCAACGCCCAGUCAACUACCGUCCUAUUCCUGUCACUAUAAAACAAACUCACAGUGACUCACAAGCUCUCGCUCAGGCCCACAUGAUGGGCCCAAGCAAAGUUUUGCAUCUCAAGCCGUCAAAACCUUUGGUCAGGAAACAGUAGUUGAGGGCGACUGUAGAGUGGGUUCAUCAGAAACUACAGGAACCACUUUCUGCCUUCUGCCUGCCAGGUACUAAAUCUGCCAUGUCCGACACUAAACCUCUCAACCUAAAAAGGCCUCAUUCUGCAGUGAGUUGGGGUGUCAGUGCCAGAAAGAAACACAGGACAGUUCCACGAAUAACAACUGUGCUGGCAGCCUCUGCAUGCUGGUCAAAGGCCACCAUCCCAAGCUGUCCCCCUCUGAAGGUCAGAUAGAAGCUUCCUGGGGCUCGUACACCUAGCUUCUUCUGCAUAAUUAUCUCUUGACAACAUUUCCCGUUAGUCUUUUAUGCAAUCAGGAGACAUUUUAAUAUUCUUUAUGUGAUGUACAUAUGUCUUUCUUUGAACUUACUUUAUAUCAAAAACUAUUCAGUGUUAUGAGUUCUUUUGAAUAGCUGUCUGAUAUUCUCUCGUGAUGA